UCAUAAAAAAGCCUUGUUUGUUUGUAUUCCGUGAAACACAGAAACGUUGUAUAAAUUAGGAAAAACUCAGAAAAACUGACCAAAUUUUUGUAUGGAAGAUGGAAAUAAUUGUAUACAAUUUGUGAAUGAAUCUUCAAUGCACAAAACAUGACUCAUCGAAUUUUAGAACUAUACAGUGGUAUUGGAGGAAUGCAUUGUGCAUGGCUAGAUUCGAGUCUAAAUGGUGAGGUAGUUGCAGCAAUCGAUAUAAAUACUAUAGCCAACUGUGUUUACAAACAUAAUUUUCCUCAAACUACAUUAAUAACCAAAAAUAUACAGUCCUUAACUGUUGAGGCAAUAGAGAAACUUGAUGUAAACACAAUACUUAUGUCUCCACCAUGUCAGCCAUUCACUAGAAAUGGCAAACAAAUGGGUGAAAGUGAUCCUAGGACAGAUUCCUUCUUGUACAUAAUAUCUAUAUUAGACCAAUUUGUAAAAUUGGAGUACAUACUAAUGGAAAAUGUGAAAGGUUUUGAAACUUCCAGCGUGCGUGAUUUGUUUAUAAUGAAGCUACAAGAUUGUAACUUCACAUUCCAAGAAUUUCUUGUUUGCCCAUCUUCCGUUGGUGUUCCCAAUUCAAGAUUGAGAUACUAUUGCAUAGCUAGAAGAAAGCCAGAUUGGAAUUUUAAAAGAAAAGAUGAAAUAAUGACAUCGCUCCCUAAUGAGUACAGUGAACAGUUUUCAAUCGAGAAUAUAAUUAUGGAUGCAUCAGACGCAUAUCUUGUGCCGGACAAAAUUUUAAAAUACAUUCACGCAAUGGAUAUAAUAUAUAAACACUCUAAAAGGUCAUGCUGUUUCACAAAAGCCUACUCACAUUAUGCGGAAGGCACAGGUUCUAUUUACACCAAUUCAAAUCCAGAGGAUGUCAAAGAAAGUCUGCAAGAAGCAAAAUUAUAUGAACCCGGUAGCAUAGAAUUUCUAACACCAUUAAAGAAACACAAAUUCAGAUACUUAACACCAAUGGAAUUAGUGGCCUUAAUGUGUUUUCCAAACAAAUUUAGUUUUCCCGACAAUAUAACUACAAAACAAUGUUACAAACUUCUAGGAAACAGUGUAAAUGUAAAAGUAAUAAGUGAACUAUUAAAGAUAUUAUUUAAUUAACAUUAUAAACUAGUAUUUACAUAAGUUACAGGUCCCAUAUAUUUUUUUAUUAUUAUGUCAAAAAAUAUUGUAAGUAAAUGUUAUUGUAUUUUUAUGAUAACAAGUCUAAAACUGCGACACCGCUCGCCGCCGCGACGGCCCCGUGUGAAAAGGGCCCAUAGAAAUACAAGAAUGAGUAUCGGCGUGUGUAAACACGCUAACUUGUAUUGUUGCAAAUUGCAAUAAUUUUACUGAUAUUGCUACCUGUGAUUAGGGGACAUGUCUGCAAGUUAUAAAGAAACAAGUUUGGGUGUUUUA